AUUGUUCUUGAAUUUUAAUUUUUCUAUUUUCCAACUUGGAACAAUCGACCUUCUGGUGAUAAAAUCGUGAUUUGACCAUCGUAUUCUCUCUCACGGCUCACAACGAUGAAAUCGCACAGGACUUCGUUGAUUUCUGUCAACUCUGACCACGACCAGUGUCAUUAUGAUUAGACGAUUCGGAUGCGCCUAAUAAACAAACCUAAUUUGCCUCGCGCGUUCAGUCAUCUCCUUCCUUCAUCUAAAACCUCACACAGAGACAGAGAUCCCCCAAAACCCUAAACGCCCAAAGUAUUAAUCACAAAGUUACGGAGCUGAAAUUGCAAACGCUAUCAUGGCUGCCUUAAAAAAUAAGAAGAACGUGUUUGUGAAGUCAGUUUCGACAAAGAAGCAGGCUAAUAUGGACCAUAUCACAGGGGAUAAAAUCCCAAGGAGGUUUGUGUUUUCCAGAUGCAAGUUGCCUGGUCCUCUGAAGCAGCUUCAAGCUGAUUUGAGGAAACUGGUGCUUCCCUACACUGCCUUUAAGCUUAAGGAGAAGAGGCGGAACAAUCUUAGAGACUUUUUUAAUGUGGUUGGGCCUAUGGGGGUUACACAUUUCCUCAUGUUGUCGAAAACUCCAACUGCGCCAUACCUUAGGGGUGCAGAUCCUGAUUGACAAGGAAGAACAGAAACGGAUAUAACAACACUGAGACCGAAUGGGAGAUCCAAUGAAAAAAAAUAGCAAUGGAUAAACCAAGGCCGGUAGAUUUCAACUGCCUCACAACCGCCGCUAGAGAGGUCAGAUUGUCCAGAGCGCUGCCUUUUCCUCCGCCAACACCGUUGUAUCAGAUGUUAAGCUGCACCUCCAGGAGGACCACAGCAAUGGCUUCAAUCCCAUCCUCCACUUUUGCUUCUGGAUCGACUUGGGAAAGAACAGAGGAGAGCACAAGCAUUAUCAAUUUAUUUGCUAUAGAGUUUGUCAGGGAGAAAGUUUGUGAACGAAAGAAAUCUAAUCGAGAGGGUUGGAUGAAAAGAAACACCCAUCAGAGCUUUCAACAACUCGAAGUUCGAAGCUUGAAUCUCACCGUGCUUCAGUUAUUGUUUCAAAGGGUGAAAAAGAGUGGGGGACACAAGAAGAGGGGAGAAAGAGGACAAAAGAAUGGUUUGUUCUACUUUCAAUGCUUUGGGUUAAAAAAAGAAAAAAGAGCAUGUGGUGUGGAAACACACCAGCGAAGCCUCACUUUCGAUGUCGAACUCAAGUGUGGCUCUAAUCUAGCCCCCGAAAUUCCAACCUAGCAUGUAGCAAUGCAUUAUGUUUUCCUGUGUGAUCUUCAUACAAAGGUGCAAGACAUAUGAGCUUCUAAUCAAGAAAGACCUGCUUUUAAAUCCCACUGUGUGUUCUAAGUGCUGGAUGGGUUGUGCUUUUACCAACCCUAAUAAAAUUAUAUUUGAAUCAUGCUGUCUGAUAACUCUUUUUCUUUUUUUCCUGUUUGUGGUUUUUAGUCUUUGUCAUUUAAUUGGUAUAGCUUUGCUAGGAUCUCUGUUCCGGCAGUGUGUGAUUAGUGCUAAUGGAAUUUCAGCACUGUUUCUGAGCUAUUGCUCGAAUUGUUGUAUCUAAGUAUGCAUUAUACAUUCAAUUGAGCCAAUGAAGCAUGUGUGCCAACGAAUUUUGAAGAGUUCGGCUUGGUUUUCUCUCUUUGGUCUUUAAUAUUUAUGUGUGAGGCACCUGUUUGUUGACUAAUUGAGUCCCUUCUCUUAAGUUUUUCAGUAGAUAUUGUGUAAUUUGCUUUUAUGAGCACUUCUUUAAGCUGUCAAGUUCCCAAAGUGUACAAGGAGAUAUCAAGUUUAACAAGUCACGAACUAUGAUCAAUCCAAAUACAGUGAAAUUAGGGAUUUUACACUUAUAAACUUAGUUAGCUUUAGACCAUAGGAUUAGCAUUUUGCGCAUGUGAGUAUCAUUGACCUGCUCAUUUUAUUUUUCUGGAUAAGAAACAAAUUGUCAUUGAAGGGAGAAGAAAGUGUACAAAAACAAAGUUUCUGUAAGCUUGCAUUCAUAUGCCUAAUAUUUUAAUUUC